AUGUGGAGUAAUAGAUUAGUACAGUUUACGAGAGGAGGCAGUCAUAUCCGACAAUGUGUGAUAAAGAAAUGGUUGACGACAGAAGCAGCCUCGACAGAAAAAAAGCCAAUUCAACAGAUAUACACAACAAGAAAAAGAAAGUUCAAUUUUGGUACAGCACUUUUGUGCACUAUUCCCUUCAUAACAUUUGGACUUGGCACAUGGCAGGUUCAAAGACUUCGUUGGAAGGUUCAGUUGAUCAGCACUCUUGAGGACCGCUUACAUCGAGAACCGAUUCCUUUACCCAAACGUAUAAACCCUGAUAUUUUAGAAGAAUAUGAGUACCGUAAAGUCUAUGUCAAGGGACAUUAUAGACAUGAUCAGGAAAUAUUGUUAGGCCCCAGAACGAGAGGAGACGGCAAUGCGGGUUACUUUAUUAUUACACCCUUAGAAAGAGAUAACGGUACGACUAUCCUUGUCAAAAGAGGAUGGGUUCCCUCCGACAAAAGAGACCAGAGGACCCGGCCUGAGAGUCUAGAGACAGGAGAAGUCGAAGUGAUUGGUUUAAUACGUAUAAAUGAAGAAAAGAAUUCGUUUACACCCGACAAUGAAAUUGAGCGCAAUCAGUGGUACUGGGCAGACGUUGACACGAUGGCCAAGUUAACGAAUGCACAACCUGUCAUGAUUGAAAGAGUAUCAGAUAUAUCGCCUUAUAAAGAGCACGUUCUCAUUGACAAGGGGGUGCCUGUUGGUAGACCGCCUACUGUAGAAGUUCGUAAUAGUCAUUUGAAUUACUUGAUCACUUGGUACUCUUUAUCAUUUGCAACCAGUAUUAUGCUCUGGAGAGUACUAAGACGCCCUCCUGCUUUACCUACUAAAGCCAAAAGAUGGGGGGUAUAA